GGCGGGAAAUCAGCGGAACUGGCAACCCGAGCGAACGGUUCCGUUUUUGCGGAGUGCACGCGGCGCCCGAGUGUCUCGACAAGGCAGAGCAACACGACAACGGAGUUGAACGCUGAAUCCUACCUGAGAAGUGGAACAAAAUGGACGACUGGGAGGAAGAGGGAACUGCUAGCACUACCACACUAACCAGCCAUAGCUCAAGUCAUGGCACACAAGGAGCGUCCUUGAAUACUGACGGUGGUGAAUUUGGACGUGGUCGUGGUGGAAGAGGCAGAGGACGAGGAUUUAAAAGCUCAUUUUCCUCAGAUGGUGAAGAGAGAGGAAAUUAUGGGGAAAACUGGAACAGUACAGGUGGAGAACGAGGAGGUUUCAGAGGUAGAGGAGGCAGAGGGCGUGGCAGAGGAUUUCGCAGUGAAACUGGAGAUGACAAUGAAGCACGUGAAAAUGGGUUUAGGGGAGGAAGUCGAGGAAGAGGAGGUUUCAGAUCAGGUGGUGACGAGGGUGGUAGAGGAGGCUUUGGAGGAGGCUAUCGGGGAAAAGAUGAGGAGCUCUUUACUCAACGGGAAGAUAAAGAUAAUAAGGCUGCAGGCGAGGAUGAAAGACCAAGGGUCACAUAUGUUCCCCCAACCCUCCCUGAGGAUGAAGACACCAUUUUUGCCCACUAUGAGACAGGAAUCAACUUUGACAAGUAUGAUGACAUCAUGGUGGAUGUCAGUGGAACCAAUCCACCACAGGCCAUCAUGACUUUUGAUGAGGCAGGAUUGUGCGAGUCCCUGAGAAGAACUGUCAGCAAGUCUGGAUAUGUGAAGCCAACCCCUGUGCAGAAGCAUGGCAUCCCAAUCAUCUCUGCUGGCAGAGAUCUCAUGGCCUGUGCCCAGACUGGAUCUGGUAAAACGGCUGCAUUCCUGCUCCCUAUUCUGCAGCAGCUGAUGGCAGACGGCGUGGCUGCCAGUUCCUUCAGUGAGUUGCAGGAGCCUGAAGCCAUCAUUGUUGCCCCUACCAGAGAGCUCAUCAACCAGAUUUACCUGGAGGCCAGGAAGUUCGCCUAUGGGACAUGUGUGCGUCCAGUAGUAGUGUAUGGUGGAGUCAGCACUGGAUAUCAAAUCAGAGAAAUCUGCAGGGGAUGCAAUGUGCUUUGUGGAACUCCUGGGAGGCUGUUGGAUAUGAUUGGAAGAGGAAAGAUUGGGCUGACUAAGCUGCGGUACUUUGUGCUGGAUGAGGCUGACCGGAUGUUGGAUAUGGGUUUUGAGCCUGACAUGCGCCGCUUGGUGGGUUCCCCGGGAAUGCCCUCCAAAGAGAACCGUCAGACUCUGAUGUUCAGCGCUACCUACCCUGAUGACAUCCAAAGGAUGGCGGCUGACUUUCUCAAGACGGACUAUUUGUUCCUGGCUGUGGGUGUGGUGGGUGCAGCCUGCAGUGAUGUGGAGCAGACAUUUGUCCAGGUCACCAAGUUCUCCAAGAGGGAGCAGCUCCUUGACCUCCUCAAAACAACAGGAACGGAGCGCACCAUGGUGUUUGUCGAGACCAAGAGGCAAGCUGAUUUUAUUGCCACCUACUUGUGCCAAGAGAAGGUCCCAACUACCAGCAUUCAUGGUGACCGUGAGCAGCGGGAGCGAGAGCAGGCUCUGGCAGACUUUCGCUCUGGCAAAUGUCCAGUCAUGGUGGCGACCUCUGUAGCUGCCCGUGGACUGGAUAUUCCUGAUGUACAGCAUGUGGUGAACUUUGACCUCCCCAAAGAGAUUGACGAAUAUGUUCACCGUAUUGGGAGAACCGGCCGUUGUGGUAACACUGGAAGGGCGGUGUCUUUCUAUGACCCAGAUAAUGAUGUUCAGCUGGCUCGCUCCCUGGUAACAAUUUUGUCGAAGGCCCAGCAGGAAGUGCCCUCAUGGUUGGAGGAGUCUGCGUUUAGCGGUCCUGGUAGGACAGGCUUCAACCCCUCAGGGAAGACCUUUGCUUCUACAGACAACAGGAAGGGAGGAUCUUUCCAAAACGGUGUGCAGAGCCAGCCGGCUGCUCAGACUGCAGCUGAUGAAGAAGAGUGGGAAUAAAGAGAAUAUUUGAGCAAUGCAGCUACACAGAAUUUACUUAAUUUUCUUUUCAUAUGUUCAUCUUGUAGUUUUAUCUCAAUGUUUUUGUUUGAAGGGAAAACUAGUUUUGUCUAAGGCCUGACAAUGUUAAAAAUGUCAAGUGAGAAGUUAACCCUAACCCAUGGAGAAACCAGGUGUUAUGUAGGAUGUGACAACAUUAUCGGUCUACACAGUGCAACAUAUUGUGGAUAGUUUUAUGUAUUUUUUUUUUUAGAUCAUUACUUUUAUUUAAAGUUUAUAAGGAAAAUAAUUCUGACCUUGAACAAAAGUCGAAACUUGAGAAUGUCAUUCCAAUUCUAAAUCACCAAUAAAUAAAUAUUUGUUCAAAAAAGCCUA